AUGGCGUAUGUCGCUGAGCGUCGUGCUGCUCGGGCGAACUCUGGCUCUCUUGCUUCAUUUGUUUCGGCGGAUGGAUGGGUUGAUUCCGUCGCUGAUGCGGUAGAAGGCUCUGAUCAUUCAGAAAGGUAUUAUUACACACAAAAAGCGGCUAGGGCUACGUUUCCGGAUAGUUAUGCAUCGAUACCUGCUGAAGACACGGUAGAAGGCAUCGGAAUCCCAUCAUUUUCCCGUCGUGGGUACGUUUUGAGCGACACAUCAGACAUGUCAGAAACGUCGGUGGUGGACCACGACAUCGCCCUUCUUGGCCCUUCAAUGAUGCCAGUUUCAGAUUCAAUAUCGAGGCGUAUGCCUCGCAAGAUCAUUAUCACGCUGCGUGCCUCAGAUUUAUUGCGUUACCCGUUGCUACGUCUUUCGCACUGCAUCAGUGUUUUACGUUUCCAACGGUCUCUGGUUGAUGUGCAUGCUGCAUCGGACGGAAUUUACCGCAACAUGACCAUAUUGCCGAACUUGUUCACUCUCACAUCUCCUAGCGGUUUCGCAUUUGCGAGCGACUUGGUGAAGUCCGUGUGGCGUCGUUAUGGUUGGAUGGGUUUUUAUCGGGGUUUUAUGGAGUAUGUUGCUCAUCGGCUACUGUGUGACGUGAUGAGAUUUGUCGUACCCCGUUAUAUCGCUCCAUCCGUGAAUGCUGUUGGUAUGUCUAUCUGUCGGCGUGCACUAUUGUUGGAGCCCGAAUCGCUUCGCCGCCUGCGUAACCUUUGCUUUGGUGAAGGCCUUAUUGACGCGGAUAACGUAUCCAAGUGGAAAUCCAGCUCUAUUAAUGAUUUCAUCGAGCGCAACUUUGACUUCGACGGGCAUGUGUUUUUGACGGAGGUAUUGGUGGAGGCAUUCACUUACCCUGCCCUUACUGUCUCGUCGCGUAUGAUGAUUUACGAUGGCCCGUAUCCAUUGAACGCAUUAUCGCUUUUGAAGGGAACAUUAGCAUGUGACGGCAUGUCUUCCCUUUACCAAGGUUUCAUUUGGCGUCUGGUGUCGCUUAUUUUUGAGCACCUGCAUCGUCGUCACGAGCGUCGUGGUCGUCAUCUCAUGUUUGCUUUGGACGGUCGUCGGACACCGCUGGACCAAUCCGUUCCGUUUUUCUUGACAGUUGGUUCUACCGUGUUCCAGCAGAUUUCACUUGUGCAACGUUGCAUGUCAUCCAUGGAUGGAUUUUGUGCUGAGUCGUCAUCGAUGAGUCUGCUGUCUCAUUUUCCGUGGUUGGCAAUCUCUACCCAGAUGGCGCUCACCGUAUGCUUAAUGCACCUGAAGGAUCGCAUUAUGGAGUAG